UGUUAUUUGUCUCUCGAGUUUUUAAGUGUUGUGGUGUUUAUUAAUUAUUUUAUUGUCUUUUUGUACGUUUUUCUAUUAGUGCAAUGAUGCCAACCUUUCGAGAAAAAGUGGGUGGUUUCCUUCGUCAGCUUUCUACAGGACAGGAAAAGAAACCUAAUUAUAAAUCACCAUGCACAUCUCCAACAUCAACUGGCUCCUUUAUUCAUAAAUAUUUACUAGGGGAAGUAAAGAGGUAUCAUCCUGAAGUUUUGUAUGGAAAAUCUUAUUAUGAUUUGCCUGUGAAAGAAAUAGCUCCAUUAUCCAGAACUGUAUUAUCCGCAUGUACGGGACCCCAGGGUGGAUUAACUACUGUGGAUCUGGAACCAAAGCCAUUUGAAUUUCCAGAUAUAGAUGUGCAUUUCAUAGAUGAAGAUCAUAGAGAUAGCUCUGAAAAUUUGGUAAAAUGCAAGGAAGCAACAGAAGAAGGAAAUUCUGCUCGUUGUGAUACAGAAUCAUGGUCUGAUGGUGAUCAGAAUAAGUUAAGUGAUAAUGCUGAGUCCAAAACGAUGGAAAUUGCUGGUAUUAAGGAUUGGUUUUCUCCUUGUGAAUCAGCCUAUGGAAUUGCUACAACUUUAUAUGAAUGUCAUCCUGUAACAAAAGAAAAUGCAGGUAAUCCCAUAGCAGAUGCCUAUGCUGUAGUGAUGAGGGAAAACAGUGCUCUUUUGGUUUUGGCUGAUGGUGUGAACUGGGGUGAAAAAUCUUGUUUAGCUGCUAGAUGUGCAAUACAUGGGUGUGUGAAUUACCUUAAUAAAGUUUUGUACAGAGAAGGAGCUGGUGACAUUACAACACUGGAUAUAUUUAUUAGUCUAUUAAGAUCAUUCAGUGAAGCUCAUAAUCUGAUUCUCCAAGAAAAUGGAACACUUACCACUUUGUGUGCUGUAGUUGUCGCCCAAAUAAAAAAGUCCAGCAAGUUUAUAGCUUGUGCAUGUAAUGUUGGGGACAGCUUGGCUUAUAUUUAUAGUCCAAAAUAUGGAGUUCGUGAAAUAACUCAAGGUUCUCAUGACAUUUAUUCUAUGAGGGAUAUGAGGGAUGCCUUGGGUGCGUUAGGACCCGUUGAUGGUAUCAAUCCUGAACUAAGCAAUCUCACAGUUUCCAUGUCUGAAGUAGAACCUGACGACAUUGUAUUUCUUGCCAGUGAUGGUAUUUCUGACAACUUUGAUCCAGUUGUUGGUAAGUUUGCUAUUCCAAGAAAGGUUGAUAAAAAAGUCAAAACACCCACCGAUGCUACAACGACAAUCGACAACGCUCGAGGCUCAAAUCCUAUCAGCACAUUAAAUACUCAGAGUGAAAAAGAAAAUUUUGCAAUCGACCUUAAUUUGCCUGUAGUAGAGGCUCAUCAGAGGCAUGAAUUAACAUUACUGAGAAUGGAGGAUCUCAUUGUUAAUGGAGUUAAUGAAGGUGAUGGACCCUGCAAAACUGCUCAGCAAAUCUGUGAACAGAUGAUAGAUUUUGCUGAAAAAUUAACCAUUGCUAAACGUCGUAUUUUAGAAGAUCCAGAGCUCUAUAAAAAUGAUGAUCUGAAAGUCAAUCAAGCUGGGCAACGUAUGCGGCGAAGAAAAGUUGGAGAAAAGCUUUCAAUGGUUCCAGGAAAAUUGGAUCAUGCCUCAAUAGUAGCAUAUACAGUAGGAGUGCGAUUUCAAGAAAAAGUACCGCUAAUAGCAGAAUGUGAAUCUUUUUCAGAUUUGAAAUGCUGAAUUAGAUUAUUUUGUAAGUCACUUUAAUAAUUCUAUCACCCUUUUAGAUAGAUUGAAAUUUGUAAUUUUAUAUGUCCUGUUAGGUUUUAGGGCAAAACAAUCAAAUCCACUAAAUUUAUAAAUUUAUAACCUGAAGAAUUUUAAUGCUGUUCAUUACUGCGCAGCAAAAGAAAAAAAAAAAUUAUAUAUUUUAUAGCUUCCUACUUUAAGGAUGUUCAAGUUGAUCUUGAGUUUCAUGUUUGCUCAUAUAGAAUACAGCGAUUCCAUUCCCACAUUUUUUUUUAAUCCUCUCGUUAUUUCUGAAGAAAGAGUGCAUGAUUUUUUUUAGUAUUUUUUUAUAUAGCUUUUUUGUGUGUAUUUAUAGGUUGUCUCUCCCCCCCCCCCCAUCUAUUAAGAAAAGGUCCAUCUCUGCAUAAUGAAUUCCUCAAUUUUUUUUUAUGUGUUCUAAAACUUUAACUUUGAAACAAUCAGUACAUGUGGCUUGCAGAUUGCAAAUGAUGUAAUGGACUCAUUUUAGAAUCAGAUGCUAAUAAUCACAAUACUGCGUAAUUAACUUUUGUUAAAAGAUAUAUGGAGAGUAUAUGGAGAAAGAAAAAAACCCUGCAAAAUAGUUGUGUUUAAUUGUUAAUUAGUUUCUACUGGAAUUUUAAAAAAUGUGUCAGUCAGUUGGAUAUAAUAUUAGAAUUUAAAGUAGUUACAAAUUUUGCCUAAAAUACACUGAUAUAUGGUCUUAAAAAACCCUUGUGGGAAUUUUAGUAUUUUUGCAAGUUUCUUUGAAAAGGUAAAAGUAACUCUGUUGGAAUGAAAAAAAAAAAAAAAGUCUUCAAUUGCUAUUGAUAUUUUGUGUACAGCAUAAAAGUUAAAAAAAAAAAAAAAAAGACACCUGCCUGUAUAUACAUUUUAGCUAAAAGAUUUUAUAAGAUUGUUUUGUUUAUUGUGUGCCAUUUUGUAUUUGUCACUGUCCUGCGAAAAUAUAAAUUUUGGUUUGUAUCUUUAUGUGUAUGUGUAUUGUAUUUUUCUCGGACUGUGAUCGAAAUAUAAGUGACCCUGUGUAACAAGGUUGUGUGAUUGUUGAGAAUUGUAUAGUAUAUGAAGAUGAAAUUUAAUGUUUAUAAUUGUAUAAAUUAAUCAAAAUCCAAAAAUGUUUGAUAUGGAAAUUUUACGCUUUGUGACGUUAGACUAUUAAUUUUUAAAAUUCUAUUUAAAUAAUGUUUUUCAUUCCAUUCCAAAAGUAUUUAUUUUUUUGGAAUUAAAAUUUUUGAUUUUUUAUUUGCUUCUGUACUAUGGGGCUUUUUCAAAAUGCAAUUGAGGAAAUUCAAACUUCUCUGAGAACGUUAUAAUAUUAUUUGAAUUGCUGUUUAAUGAAAAUACUAGGCUCAUGAAUUUUCUGUAGAAAGAAGUUCUUUAUCAGCCAUUAGCUCAAAGUAAUAGUAAUAAAUAACACAAUAUGCUUUGGUAUGCAGGGAAAUAAGAGAUUCCUUCCUUUUUAACUUGGUGCAAUACUUCAAUGAAGUAUAUAUAGAGUGAUUGUUAAGAAACCUAUUUUAUUUUGAUACUGUGAUGAACUUUUCAAAUAUGUUGUUUAUUGUUCCAUGGAUAACAUAUUAUCCAAUAAUAUGUUAUCCAUCUAUUUUAUGAUCAGCAAUCCAAAAAUAAGUAAACAAAUAAAUGUCUAGUAAUUACAAACUAAACAAAUAUGCGUAAUAUUGUCAUGUGCAGGCAAGAGUACAGUUGUCCUUAUUGUACUUUAUUUACAAUGCAUACUUCACUUCAGUGCUCAUUUAAUUUGUUGUGCUACAUAGAAAUAAGAUUCCCAAAAUAUUAUUUUAAGUUGGAUUAUUAUAAUUCAUUAUAUCAUUUUUGAUUGGUUCAUAUUAAGUUCAUCGAACCAUUUAUUGCUACAUAAGUUCAGCAUGAAAAUUUUAUCUAUGAUUUUUUUUAAUUGCAAAAUAAUUUUUUUAUCCUUAUUAAUGCCUUUUGGAUUUAAAUUUGUGUUUUGACUUUUUUUUUUUUUUCCUGUGCGUAACUGUUUUUAUAUCUAAAAUUAAAACAGCCUGACA